CUGGAGAUGAAACACAUGCCUGGUGCUGACCCCGAGCUUGUGCUCCUCAGCCACCGAUACGAGGAGGUCGAGAGAAUCCCUCUGAGCGACAUGACCCGGGAGGAGAUCAACCAGCUGGUGCAGGAGCUGGGCUUCUACCGCAAGGAGACACCUGAUGCCCCUGUGCCUGAGGAGUUCCAGUUGGCCCCUGCCAGACCUCUGCCCAGCCUGCCACUCCCCCAAGCUCCCACCGCUGACAGCAAGACCCCACCCGAACGUGAUGAGGGAGAACAUCCAGACCUCUAG